UUGUAUAUCUUUUUAUUGUCACAAGAAGUCUCAGCGUCCAAUGCCUAUUGGGUUGGAUUCCUGCCUUAGGGACGCCUUGAUCACAUCUAGUCACUACAACUGGGGCACUAAGAGACAACUGGGAAGCCAGGCUCGCCUCACCCUCCUCUUGGGAGAACAGCAGCAGCUCGGGUGAAUUAACCCGAAUUAAUAAAUAUUCGGCCAGCACGCACCCACCGAGUUACGAACAUUCAAUCCCUGCGUCUGUCUCUCGCUCUGUAACCGGCUGGGGGAAAUGGGUGGGGGAUGACAACACGGAUCGCUCAGCGGUUAUUUAUUUUCUCUUCCACUCAAUUCCUUCCUCCCCAAAUCUCGCUUGCAAGCUGCCUCCAGCCCGCGGGGGUCGACAGCGGCCCUUAAGCCCCCAGCCCCAAUCCGCAGAGCUCGGCCUUCCCAUUCAUUAUUGAUCAUAUUUUAUAAAUCCAAUGCCACAGAAUUUUUUCCACAUUACUGGGAGCCUCCGGGAGGCCGUUAUAUCAUUGGCCGAGGGGAUAUCACGUGGGCCGGGGUCACGUGGUCCGAAGAGGAAAAAGGGGGUCCUUUUGGUGUAAAUCUGGACUCUAAUUCUGUAAUAUAUCAAGGAAUCUCGUAAAACCGACACUAAAACGUCCCUGACUACAAAUCAUCCGGCCAAAUUAUGAGUUCAUUGUAUUAUGCGAAUGCUUUAUUUUCUAAAUAUCCAGCCGCAAGUUCGGUUUUCGCUCCAGGAGCCUUCCCCGAACAAACUUCUUGCGCCUUUGCCUCCAACCCCCAGCGCCCGGGCUAUGGAGCAGGUCCGGGCGCCCCCUUCUCCGCCUCGGUGCAGGGUCUGUACUCCGGCGGGGGGGGCAUGGCGGGCCAGAGCGCGGCCGGCGUCUAUGCGGCCGGCUACGGGCUCGAACCGAGUUCCUUCAACAUGCACUGCGCGCCCUUUGAGCAGAACCUCUCCGGGGUGUGUCCGGGCGACCCCGCCAAGGCGGCUGGCGCCAAGGAGCAGAGGGACUCGGACUUGGCGGCCGAGAGUAACUUCCGGAUCUACCCCUGGAUGCGAAGCUCAGGGACUGAACGAAAGCGGGGCCGCCAGACCUAUACGCGCUACCAGACCCUGGAGCUGGAGAAAGAAUUUCACUACAAUCGCUACCUGACUCGGCGGCGGCGCAUCGAGAUCGCGCACGCGCUCUGCCUCACCGAAAGACAGAUCAAGAUCUGGUUUCAGAACCGGCGCAUGAAGUGGAAAAAGGAGAACAAAACUUCAGGCCCAGGAACCACUGGCCAGGACAAGGCGGAAGCGGAGGAGGAGGAAGAGGAGGAAGAGUGAGAGACAGGGAAAGGGAAGAGGAGGAAAGAGAAGAGAGGGAGAACCCAAUUAUGGGAACUGAAGCACGGAACUCAAAUAAGGGGGCAAACUAUUUAAGUGAAGAAGUCUAAAAAAUUAAGGAAAGAGAUGGGUGAAAUUUGGGUUUCUUACUACUAUAAAAAAAAAAUACUACCUAUGGGAAAGUGUGUGGUCUGUUUUUGUACAGUCUGGGAAGGACAUUAUCUACCUGCUCUGUGGCUUUCUGGAAUGUGCCUCCCCUUUUCUAUGUUGCUAGUAAGGUCUUUGUAACAUCCUGCUGUUUUGUAAGCCCUCUUUGAAGCUGUCUUUGUGAACUGUGGUCCCAGAUGAGCGGAUUAACCUGUGGUUCCUCACCUACCCUAUACUUCCUAGUAGCCGUACUAAAAGGGUCUUAGGGAGCCCCGAGGAUCCACUAGCUUCUGAGCCUGGUGCAUUUGGCUGCUGAUUCUAGGUCCUAUCCAUGAACCUCUUUCUGUAUAUCUGAAGGCUGGUAAAAAUAAAACAGGAUUAAAUACCAA